UUGGAUCACUAGGUUAGCUCGCUCCCGCUCGCCAAUUAGCGUUCCUUGGACGCCAUGGGGAUCUGCUUACAUAAGCAGAAAUUGAUGUAUAAAGUAAUAGUGCCUAGUAUUUCAACCCCCAUAUAAUUUCUUAUGGACUUAUGGAGGCUCUGGACACGUUUGUGUCCGUGGUGGCAGGUUAAGCUUUACUCACACAUUACACUACAAUUUUACAGCAUGGAUUUUGGUUGGCUGCUGACAUGUAGGUACACACAAAAUUGGUUGUGUUGUGUGUUUGACUAGCACGACUAACUUCUGCAAGUGCUUUAACGUGUUUUCCUGGUUCAUGUACACUAGAUGUAUGUUUAUUUCCACAUCUGACUAGUAAUGGCACCGUAAGGUUUGGAGGUGCGAUAGACUUCCUGAGGGGUCAGUGGGCGGGGAUUGAACUGGACGACGCUGUCGGGAAGAACGACGGCUCUCUCAAGGGAAUCAGGUUCUUCACCUGCAAACCCAAGUUUUUUGGUCUCUUCGUUCCGAUGCAGAGAAUCUCCAAGGCUCCAAUGAGGCAGUUGUCCACAGAGAGAAGGAAAAAGAUGGCCGCCAAUGGAGGGAGGAAGAGGGAGUCUGUUGCCCGCUCUCCUCGCACCUUUGAGGCUCAGGGAACCAUGGCCGUCACAACUGACCUACAGGUCCCUUUCUCUCUCUUCUUCCUUCUCCUACUUACUGAUAUAUGUAUUUCAGCCUCAGCUGUCAUUGAAAAAGCAAAAAGCAUUGAAAUGGAUACCGUUGAUAUUGCCAGGGUCACAAACUAUCCCUCCUAGCCUAAAGCAUAAGACACAGCAUUGUAGGUGGAAGUCCUAGUAUGAGUGGUUUACUAUGUUUCAGGUAUGGCAAGGAUGUGGGAAUCUUACUACAAUCUUAAUAUGGUGGUAGAAAUUUGAUACCACCUAAUAUUAUUAUAGUACUAUAUAUUCCCAAUCUGUGUGUGGCUUUGCACAUGUCCAGGCCCUGGAAUUGAGCACGAGGAAUGUACCUAAUUGUGCUUCAGACUUCGUGGCAUCCUUAUUAUACACACAAUAUUUAUAUUACGUCUCAACAACUUGGUAGUGAGGUAUAUAGAAAGGCAAGGCAAGGCAAAUAAGUCAGGACAGCUAGUCAACUACACCCAGGACAGCUCUUUCUUUAUGCACACCUAAACCAGCUGAACCCAACAAUAAUUCUCAUAUUAUGCUUCCUUACGGUACCAAACGGAUGUAUUAAUUUCUUUGUGUAUAUACUAGUUGUGGGUCAAAAGAGCCAAAACCUUGUUUUAUUAAAAUUAUGGAAUAAUUAUGGUGAAUGGAUUUCAGGCUGGUAUGAGAACAUAAAAGAUAGAGGAACAUCGUACAGAGAGAGUUGGCUAUCGUGCGUUCAUGUUGAGAACGAUCUUUUAAAAAGAGGGCUUUUCUUUCUUAAGUAAAAAGUAUG